ACAGCAUGGCUGAACCCGCAAUCCGUUGCGUGUAGACGAGGGAGACGCCGCGGGCCGUUCAGUUGUCGUCAGGCGGCGGCAGAAGAAGGGCGGAGGGAACGGACGCGCUUCGCUUCGGCUUGAACGCGUCGCUUUACGACUCGAGUGGAGAAAUUUCUUAAUUGUCAUAGCCAAAGCACUUGAAGAUGUUGACUGCACACCUUGGUCGGUUGGGGGUCAGUGCCUCCCAGCAUGUUGUGUGCACUAAGCGAUCGCUGGCCUGGGCCAUGAGGCACAUGCAGGUCGCCCAUGCGUCCAGCAUAGAAUACAAGCCAAUCAAGUCCAUCUUGGUUGCUAACAGAGGUGAAAUUGCAAUUAGAGUCUUCAGAGCAUGUACAGAAUUAGGCAUUAGAUCAGUAGCAGUAUACAGUGAGCAGGACAAAAUGCAUAUGCACCGACAAAAGGCUGAUGAAUCAUACCUGAUUGGCAAAGGACUCCCACCUGUUGAGGCUUAUUUAAGCAUCGCAGAGAUUAUACGUGUUGCAAAGGAAAAUAAUGUAGAUGCUGUUCAUCCUGGAUAUGGCUUCCUCUCUGAGCGCUCAGAUUUUGCCCAAGCUUGUCUCGAUAAUGGUCUCAGCUUCAUUGGACCUUCCCCAGAAGUUGUCAGAAAGAUGGGUGACAAAGUGGCUGCUCGGCAGACUGCGAUAAAAGCCGGUGUUCAAGUAGUCCCAGGAACCGACAAUCCAAUUGUGUCCCCUGAAGCAGCACACGAUUUUUGUGUAAAAUAUGGCUUGCCUGUGAUGCUCAAGGCUGCGUAUGGCGGAGGAGGAAGAGGCAUGAGGGUUGUAAGGGAACUUGGUGAGGUGAAGGAAAGUUUUGCGCUAGCAUCCAGAGAGGCUGAAGCUGCUUUUGGGAAUGGCGCUAUGUUCAUCGAAAAAUUCAUUGAAAACCCGCGACACAUUGAGCUACAAGUUCUUGGAGACAGAGCUGGCAAUGUUGUGCACUUGUUUGAGCGUGACUGCUCAGUCCAGCGAAGGCACCAGAAGUUGGUUGAAGUGGCUCCUGCACCAAACUUAGACCAGAGAAUUCGUGAGGCAAUGGCAGCAGAUGCAGUUAAACUGUGUAAGAGUGUUGGUUAUGAAAAUGCUGGAACUGUAGAAUUCUUAUUGGACAAUCAGGGUAAUUACUACUUCAUAGAAGUUAAUGCACGUCUGCAGGUAGAACAUACAGUUACAGAAGAAAUUACAGGCAUUGACUUGGUGCAGUCUCAGAUUCGCAUAUCAGAAGGAAUGACACUUCCAGAAUUAGGCAUGAGUCAAGAAAACAUCACCGCUCAAGGGUGUGCUAUUCAGUGCCGUGUCACAACUGAAGAUCCUGCCAAAAGUUUCCGCCCAGAUACAGGCAGAUUAGAGGUGUUCCGCAGUGGUGAGGGCAUGGGAAUCCGUCUUGAUGGUGCUUCAGCUUUUGCUGGUGCCAUCAUUUCCCCCUACUAUGAUUCGCUACUUGUCAAAGUGAUUUCUAGGGCCUCAGAUCUCCAUGCUUCCGCUGCCAAGAUGAACCGAUCCCUCCGAGAAUUUAGGAUUCGUGGAGUCAAGACAAACAUUCCAUUCCUGCUGAAUGUAUUGGAGAAUCAGAAAUUCCUGAAUGGCACCAUUGACACAACCUUUAUUGAUGAGCAUCCCCAGCUCUUCCAGUUUGGCCCUUCACAGAACCGAGCCCAGAAACUCUUGAACUAUCUGGGCAAUGUUCUUGUCAAUGGACCUAUGACCCCCCUUGCCACAGGUCUCCAGCCUGCUGAUGUCCAGCCUAUGGUACCUGAAGUCCCGUCUGCAAGCAGUGAUGCAGGUGGAGCUUGGAAAUCUGCGGUCGAACCUCCGAGAGGCUUCCGUGAUAUCCUCCUGGCAGAAGGACCUGAAGGUUUUGCGAAGGCUGUGAGGAACCACAAAGGACUGCUAUUGAUGGACACCACAUUUAGGGAUGCACAUCAGUCUCUCCUUGCCACCAGAGUCAGAACACAUGACCUACUGAAGAUCUCACCCUUUGUAGCACACAACUUCAACAAUCUCUACUCUCUUGAAAACUGGGGUGGUGCCACCUUUGAUGUGGCACUCAGGUUCCUCCAUGAGUGCCCCUGGGAGAGGUUGGAGAGGAUGAGGAAGCUUAUGCCCAACAUACCCUUCCAGAUGCUCUUGAGAGGAGCAAAUGGCGUGGGAUAUACCAGCUAUCCCGACAAUGCUGUGUACAAAUUCUGUGACUUGUCUGUGAAAGCAGGAAUGGACAUCUUCAGAGUGUUUGACUCACUCAAUUAUCUCCCCAACCUUAUGCUAGGAGUUGAUGCUGUGGGCAAAGCAGGUGGUGUUAUUGAAGCAGCGAUAUCAUACUCUGGUGAUAUAUCAGAUCCAUCUAAGUCAAAGUAUACUCUUGACUACUACCUGAAGCUAGCAGAUGAAUUGGUGAAGGCUGGAACACAUGUCCUCUGCAUCAAGGAUAUGGCUGGACUACUGAAACCAAGAGCAGCUAAGAUGCUCAUAUCAGCUCUUCGUGACCGUCACCCAGAUGUACCUAUUCAUGUGCACACUCAUGACACAUCAGGGGCUGGUGUGGCCUCAAUGCUCCAGUGUGCAUACGCGGGGGCUGAUGCUGUUGAUGUGGCAGUUGAUUCCAUGUCUGGAAUGACCUCACAGCCCUCCAUGGGUGCAGUGGUUGCCAGUCUAAUGGGAGACGAGCUGGACACAGGCAUGAAUCUUGGAGCUAUCAGCCAGUACUCUGCCUACUGGGAACAAGCAAGAACACUCUAUGCUCCAUUCGAGUGUGCUGUAACCAUGAAGUCUGGCAAUGCUGAUGUAUACUUGAAUGAGAUCCCUGGUGGACAGUACACAAACCUUCAGUUCCAGGCUUACUCACUUGGAUUGGGAGACCAAUUUGAAGCUGUGAAGAAGGCUUAUCGUGAAGCAAAUCUUCUCAUGGGAGAUUUGAUUAAGGUAACACCAUCAUCAAAGGUAGUUGGUGAUUUAGCCCAGUUUAUGGUUCAAAACAAGCUGUCUGCUGCUGAUGUGGAGGCAAAUGCUGAGAAUCUAAGUUUCCCCAAAUCUGUGAUUGAGUUCUUCCAAGGGUAUCUGGGUGAACCUUAUGGAGGCUUCCCUGAACCACUCCGGAGCAAGAUCCUCAAAGGUUUGCCAACAGUGGAUGGAAGACCAGGAGAGUCAAUGGCACCAAUGAAUUUCCAAGACAUGAAAACCAAACUUGUGGAGGAACAUGGUCCUCGCAUCUCAGAUUAUGAUGUCCUCAGCUCUGCCAUGUAUCCACAGGUGACAGAUGAAUAUCUUCACUUCCGUGAAAAAUAUGGCCCAGUGGACAAAUUGGACACUCGUAUCUUCUUAACAGGCCCUAAGGUUGGAGAGGAGUUUGAGGUGGAAAUUGAAAAGGGUAAGACUUUGCAUAUCAAGACCCUGGCUAUGGCAGAAGAUCUUACUCCUAAUGGAGAGCGUGAGGUCUUCUUCGAGUUGAAUGGACAGCUGAGAUCUGUUAUGGUCCGUGACCAGACUGCUGUCAAGGAGCUGCACAUUCAUCCCAAGGUAAACACAAGCAUAAAGGGCCAAGUGGGAGCUCCAAUGCCUGGUACUGUUAUCGACAUUAAAGUGAAGGAAGGAGAUGAAGUGAAGAAGGGCACCUCCAUGGUAGUCCUAUCUGCAAUGAAGAUGGAGAUGGUCGUCCAGAGUCCAUGCGAUGGUGUCGUUGAGUCAAUAGCUGUCACCAAAGACAUGAAACUGGAGGGCGAUGAUCUAGUGCUGACAGUAACUCCCAAAUGAAGAGUUGUGUAAAGUCAUGAACUCUUUUCACCAAUGUGUCUGGGUCAAUGGUAACUCUGUUCUUAGAUUUAUUUUGUUAUUUAUUUUGUUUUUACUUUUUCUUUUAUUUAAUUAAAGAUUCUGAAUGUAUAAGUAUCAUAUGGCAAUAGAAUGACUUUUUGUCAUGUUUACUGCAUUCAUAUGUGGUUCUUUCUGACAAGCAAAGCGGUCUAUGAUCAGGAAAAUUCCCUUAUAGUAGAAGUUGUGCAUCUAACCAACCUAGUAUCCAGUUUUUGAUAGGUUGAAAAGGAAGGCAUGUAGAAAGGUCCAUGGAAAAUUGUCUCUAACUUAAAAUAUGUUUCUUAAGAAAAACAAGAAAGAGGUUUUAAGAUUUCUGUACAAAGUUCAGACUCAUUAUUUUAUAAAAGAAAAGAAAAAAAGUCCAGUAUAACUUUUAAAAAUGUAGGGUAAAUACCAUUAACAUAGGUCACAGCAGACCAUUUGUAGGAUAGAAGAACAGUAUUAUGAUAUGAGUUGUUAUGUAUAGUUUCUGUAAUCCAUAUUUUCUUUUUUUUUUUUUCUUUCCUUUCUCUUUCACAUUUUCUCCUCAUUUUUGGUAUUACAAUUGUACAAGAAGGCAUGUUACACUGAUUAUCCCAGGGACCAACCCACAUUCAAACACAAGUAGGAUAGGAAAGUCUUAGAGAGCAGUUGAAUAAGUUAAAUUGGAUUUAUGUUCUUUUUUUAACAACAAAAGAAGAAAGGGCUUAAAUCAAGAAACAUACUACACUUUUUCUAAAAAUAUAUUAGAUUUUCUGAGAAUUCCGUUUAUAAGAAUGAGUAUUUGAAUUUGGGAAAUUUUGUAGUGAGAAAAAAUAUUAUUUUGAUGGGAUGUGACAAUCUUUGUUCAUGUGUAUUAUGAAUUCCUAUGGUUUUCACUUGAAAGAUUUAUUGCUACACAUAUUACCAGUGUGGAGAAAAAGGGAAAUUUACACACACAAGAAAAAAGAGAAAGCUUCAGAGAAAUUGUUAUACAGGGCAUCCCAAAAGUUAUGUCACAUAUCUGUAAAAAUGAAAGAAUUUGUAAUUCUGAGUAGAAAGUCACAUCUAUAUAGGUAUUCCUUUUUUAAUCUGAGAUGGAUUUGUAAAGUUACGCAUAGCAUGUUAAAACAAUUAUUGGAGUCCAACAAGAAAGGGUAGUUAUAGUUCUGGAAAAUUAUAGAAUUUAAUAUUUUUUUAUGCCAGAUUUUCUACUUUCAAAUUGACUUUCACUUUUACAAAUAUCUGGAAUGGCUUGAGGGGCACCCUUUGUUGUAUGAAUGUGUCAGGUCAAUAUUCUGUGAAUAGAGUAUAACUGGAGUUGAUGGUAAGAUUUAGCUGCCUGACAUGUUUUUCAUAUAUUUCAUUUUUAUUUUUGUGUUUAAAGUAUGAUUUUCUUCAUUUAUGUUGAUAUUUUUUAUACAUUGGUUUGUGGUCAUGUAUUUUUUUCUGUGAAAGAUUUUCAAAUGAUGUUUAUAAUCCAUUAUUACCUACUAUAAUUAAUAUUAUUUUUAUGUAUUUGCAUGUGCUGAACAUAAAGGUAAAUCAAUGCUUUUCAAUGCAAGUGUAAAUGUUAUUGGCCCUCUUCUGCUUCAAAUAUGAUGUUUGAGCAAAGGGCUAGGUGUGCAUGCAUGUGCAAUUGUGGAUUAUAGGAUUAUUGUGUGGGAUAGCAGUGGGAUAUUUUGUGUUUAACAUUGGAUAUUUUUCUUUUUCUGUUUUAUUUUAAUGUUGUUGUUAUUGUUCUUUUUUUCUAUGGAGAAUAAACUCUGCUUGAAUUUAUUUACAAGUUCUUAUCAUUUUGAAUACAGGUGUUAUAUAGAUGAAUAUGAUAAGUAUUUUUUUUUUUUCUUCUUUUUUUUUUUUGCCAUUCUGUAUAUUAUUUUGAUGUUUUAGCAAAAUUGCUGUUACCUGGUAGGCUGUGAUUUAAAAUUAUCAGGUUCAGAUAAAUGUACAUCCAAAGUUGUGAUACUAUUUGUUUUCAUAUAAUAAUCUACAUGCCAGCCAUGCUUCAGCAAAGUCAGAAAUAUAAUGUGUCAAUUAACCUAGAAAAAUGAUACCUGUCUUAUUUUCAGACAUGAUUGACAUAUAUUAGCAAUUUACUGAUAUUUUAGAAGAAAUUGAAAAUGCACAAGAUUUUUUGAAAAUUUCCUGAGAUCAAGAAUUUUUGCUACAUUUAAAGGCCUUCUUAUGCUUGCUUGGCUUUAUAUUAUUGAGAUUUUGUGAUUCACUGUUUACAUUUUUCUCUUCUCCAUUUGCACUUUUUUUUUUUUUUUUAAAGCCUUAAAUAGAAACAAGCAUUCAUUAUAUUUUCUUCAUCCAGCUUGCAGUCAAAUUUGCAUGUUUUAGGAAACUGAUCCAUUUUCUGUAUUGGAAACCUAUGACCCAAAUUUCCAAUUAAAUUAACAAUUUGGAGCUUCCUUUAACAAUGCUAGAGUAUAGUACUUGUGUAUGAUAUUGUAAUCAUACUGAAGAGUAUGAUUUUAGGAGUACAGACAAACAGAAGGUAUUGUGAUGAAACUUCAUAGCCUUAGUGUGAUCUUCCACGUAGUAUAAGCAAUGUAAAGAAAAAUCUCAAGAUCAUGAUUUCAGUUACAUUCCAUUUUGAAGAUACCAUUCUUUCUUUCUGUUGUUCAUCAUAUAUAGAUACUAAUCAGCAAUAAAAAAUGAAAUAUU